UACAAUCAUUAAUUUUGAGAGGAAGAAUGACGCAAUAGUGAAUACAAAGAUUCCAGUACUAAUAUGCCGAGCUCCCCCAUGAUUAUUGUCUUGAAUUUUCUCUUCUUCACUUCCAGCUCCUCAAUUUGGCCAAACAUCUUCAAUUCCCUUUUCUCAAACGUUCAUCAGGUUGCUGUGUCUUUCUUUUUCUGGCAACCACCCUCUUCCGUAACUCCCUCUCAAGUAUCACCUUCAAUAAUUGUGCGUGAUCGUUUUAAAAAUUUUCUUGUACCUCCCACUCUGAACACAUACAUAUACAUAUAUAUAUAUAUAUACACACACAUAAAUAGAGAGAGACAGAUGGAACAUCCACUGGCAAUUGCCAAGGUCAGAUAUUCUAACUUGGCAAUGCCUAGUGCUGAUCAUCAGUUUUCACCAUCUCCAACCAAAAAUGAAACAAAAGAUGAACAAAAGUCACUUGUCUUUGAUGCAUCUUUUCUCCAAAACCAAUCCCAUAUACCCCACGAGUUCAUAUGGCCGGACCAUGAAAAGCCUUGUCCUGAACCUCCUCCCAUGCUUCAUGUGCCUUGUGUAGAUUUGAAUGGCUUCCUCUCAGCGGACCCUCUCGCUGUCUCCACCACAACUCAGCUGGUAAGGCAGGCAUGUCUUGAACAUGGUUUCUUUCUUGUGGUUAACCAUGGGGUCGACUCACAACUCCUAAAAGCAGCCCACAAGAGCAUGGAUUUCUUCUUUGACAAGCCAUUGCAAGAAAAGCAGAGAGUCCAGAGAAAGCUUGGGGACCAUUGUGGCUAUGCUAGUAGUUUCACUAAUAGGUUCUCCUCCAAACUUCCAUGGAAAGAAACACUCUCGUUUAGAUUUUGUGCUGAUGAUCAGCAGGCCUCAAACAUCGUCGAAAGCUACUUCUUGAAUGCAAUGGGUGAAGAUUACAGAGAAUUCGGGAAGGUACACCAAAAGUACUGUGAAGCCAUGAGCAGUCUCUCUCUUCGAGUUAUGGAGAUUUUGGGAAUUAGUCUUGGAGUAGGACCGAUACAUUUCAGAGAUUUUUUUGCAGGAAAUGAUUCAAUAAUGAGAUUAAACUACUAUCCUCCAUGCCAAAAACCUGAUCUAACUCUUGGAACGGGCCCUCAUUGUGACCCUACAUCCUUAACAAUUCUUCAUCAGGAUCAUGUUGGGGGCCUUGAAGUGUACGUAAAUGGAAAAUGGCACUCCAUCCCUCCUGACCCUGAAGCUUUUGUUGUCAAUAUUGGCGACACGUUCAUGGCUCUUUCAAAUGGCAUCUACAAAAGUUGCUUGCAUAGAGCUAUUGUGAACUCUCAAACUCCGAGAAAAUCUCUUGCAUUCUUCCUGUGUCCCAAAAUGGAUAAGGUUGUAAGCCCUCCAAAAGAAUUGGUCUCUUCUGAUUAUCCAAGGAUGUUUCCAGAUUUUAGAUGGUCAUCCCUGCUUGAGUUCACUCAGAAACAUUACAGAGCUGACAUGAAAACUCUGGACGCUUUUGUGAAAUGGCUGAGCACCGAAGGGAUUCUCAAGAUACAGCAACUUAAUUAGUCAAGUCAAAUAUUUUGUAAAUUCUAGUGUAUUAGACCUAAGAAUUUUAGAUCAAGACGACGGGAAAGUUUAAGCAAAAAGAUGGACCAUCAACCCCUGAAAAUAGUUAAAAGACAGAAUCCACCAAAAAGCCUAUGAUGAUCAUGGAGUGUAGUAUUGCAGUUACAUAUGGCUGAUGCUGUACUACAUAGUAGUAUUAGACUAUAUAAUAUAGCCUCUACAGACAACAAAAUCCAGUAUGAGACUGUGCAAUAUCCAAUUUUUAAGA